AUGUCUGGAAUCAACGCUGGCGACGACAAAAUUGUGUUCGAGUCUUCCGAGGCUGUCUCGGUCAUCUCGACGUUUGACGACCUUGGGUUGAAGGAGGAUCUUCUCCGCGGCAUUUACGCCUACAACUUUGAGAAGCCCUCGGCCAUCCAGCAGCGCGCCAUCCUUCCCAUUACCCAAGGACGCGAUGUGAUAGCCCAAGCCCAAUCCGGAACGGGUAAAACGGCGACGUUCUCCAUCUCUAUCCUGCAGUCGAUCGACGUCAACGUGCGCGAGACACAGGCGCUGGUGCUCUCCCCCACGCGAGAAUUGGCGACUCAGAUUCAGUCGGUCGUACUGGCGCUGGGCGACUACAUGAACGUACAGUGCCACGCUUGCAUCGGCGGUACCUCCAUCGGCGAGGACAUCCGCAAACUCGAAUACGGCCAACAUGUCGUAUCCGGCACACCCGGGCGCGUGUUUGACAUGAUUCGCCGCCGCACUCUCCGCACAAGGAACAUUAAGAUGCUCGUACUGGACGAGGCCGACGAACUGCUGAACAAGGGCUUCAAGGACCAGAUUUACGACGUGUACCGAUACCUACCGCCCGCGACGCAGGUCGUGCUACUUUCCGCCACGCUCCCUUACGAUGUCUUGGAGAUGACGACAAAGUUCAUGACCGACCCCAUUCGUAUCCUCGUGAAGCGUGACGAGUUGACGCUGGAAGGGAUCAAGCAGUUCUUCGUGGCGGUUGAAAAGGAGGACUGGAAGUUCGACACCUUGUGCGACUUGUACGAUACUUUGACGAUCACACAAGCCGUCAUCUUCUGCAACACACGGCGCAAGGUCGACUGGUUGACAGAGAAAAUGCGCGCCGCUAACUUCACCGUUUCGUCGAUGCACGGAGAGAUGCCACAGAAGGAACGUGACGCAAUUAUGGGAGAGUUCCGUUCUGGCACAUCGCGUGUGUUGAUCACGACUGACGUCUGGGCACGCGGUAUUGAUGUGCAGCAUGUUUCCCUUGUCAUCAACUACGACUUGCCAGCAAAUCGUGAAAACUACAUUCACCGUAUCGGUCGUUCAGGUCGUUUCGGACGCAAGGGUGUCGCGAUUAACUUCGUCACCGUCGACGAUGUCAAGAUCUUGCGCGACAUUGAGCAGUUCUACAGCACACAAAUCGACGAGAUGCCCGUCAACGCUGCCGAGCUCAUCUAG